AUGUGGCUUGUCCUGCAAGUGACAGGCAAUGUCGGUGCGGCUCUUCUAGUCGUCAGAACUGAGGGAUACGAACAUCUGGAAUUUGUAAAGGUCUUUGCUCUUUACCUGUCCAGGCCCAGACUAAAGGCAUGGUGGCUCGCUCUCCUGCGGACAUCGUUUUCCGUGGGGGGCCGGAGGUUCCCUGACGGCAACACAAGACUUGAGCAAGAACAAGAGCAAGAGAAUGAGAAGAUAUCCCUUGCGUGGGAAAAAGACGGCCGCAAAGAGAAAGAGCACAUUUAUGUUGACGCGUACGUUUCGGCUGCCCUGGUCGAGUUUAUUUUCCAGAUCUCCGCUGCGGUGUUCAUCGGUGUGACCUGGGAGAGGUUUCCAAACGAAGUCAUCAAGUAG